AUGGACGGCGGCCUCCUCCUCUCUCCUUCGCCGGAACCCCAACAUCCAACUACCGAUCCGGCUUUAGAAAACAGAAAGCUUAAGGCAAAGAAGAAAGAGAUACUGAACAACGACGAAGCCUCUACCUCUAGUUCUUCAUAUUCUACCUCUAAACCCAAUUCUACUCGAAGGGUUUCGCGAUUUUCUCAUAGACUUCGAAAACCUACCGUGCGGUUAGGUAUGACUCGUCGAAGCGUUGUGGAACGACAAGCCGAAGCCUUAGCUCUAGGCAUGUCAACUGCGACUUUUGCCAGUAUGGUUUUUGAGAAAAAGAGUGCCACAGGUCAGAAUACAAAUGUUGCUGAUCUUGCACUGAUUUAUGCUUCUGCUGUCAAAGAAUCUUUAGCCAAUGUUUAUGGUCACAAGCUUGGUUCCUUUGCAGAGAGAUCAUUUAACAGUACUCUAAGGAUACUUAAAGUGAUUAAUGGUUCUGAAUUUCCGCAUCAGUUAGACAGUGCUUAUGUCGCCUCACAACAAAGGAUCAUGGAAAGUGGUACCCAAAUAUGCAAGUCUUUCGAGGAACCAAGUUAUUCUUGGUUGCCUCAGAAAGAAGUUUCACCAAACGAAGAGUUAUUCAUCUUUAUAUGCCGGCAUCAGAUUUGGGUGCAGAUGUAUAUCCCUGUCGCAAUGAUCCUUUUCGUCACGUAUUUGAUAAUCCGUCGUUCAUCAGCUACAAAGCAGAGAAUGUCGGCAACUUCUUACCUACUUUUCUUCGGUAUCGUUUGCGGUUUAUCAGGUAAGCUCUGCGUGGACACAUUGGGCGGUAACGGCAAACUAUGGCUCUUUAUUUGGGCAAUGCUUUGCCUUUUGCAAUACGCUACAGUUCGGUUCAUAAGAUGGGCGCAAACCAAACACUAUGGUUCUGUACUGGGCACGUCGGUAUCUUCUUUGGAUUGA